AUGGGCAGCAACCGUGAGGAGGCUGCUGCGCCCUUGCUGAUGCCUGCAGCAAAUUUGCUGCGUUUUUGUCCCAGAGAGCUCAUAGCUCUUCUACCCAGCAACUACUACCAGGCGUACAACCUCCCACUGCCACCAAGGAAAACCACCAUGGCCUCACAUGGCAGCAGCAGCUGGCGGCAGCCCUUGCAGCCGCAACAUCGCAGCAACCGCAGGCAGGUGUGGGAGAAGAUAGAACAGACAUUGGGAUUACAUAUAGCGCUAUCCGAUGACAUUAUGCUCCAACUACAAAACUGGUGGUCGCAUUGCUCGAGAGGGACACUACAAACUCAGCUGACUCAGAUAAUCCCAUUAUUCACUUAUUGGGAGCUAUGGAAAGCUAGGAAUACAGCCAUCUAUGAGGGAGGUGUAUUGGCGGCUAGCCAGUUUUAUCACCGAGUGAUUGAAUUGCUCCAUGGCAUUUCCUUGGCUCAUCCUUUUACCUCGGACUGCAGCAACGGAAUGGAGCUUCAUCGGAUGGUUUGGUUAUACAUCUCCAAGCGUUCCAAGCCCACAAGAUGCCUACCUAUGGCUUGGUCACUACCCACAGAGCCAUUCGUAAAACUGAAUGUCGAUGGUGCCUCACUAGGGAAUCCAGGAAGCUCGGGUGGAGGUGGAAUUGUUCGAAGCUCCAGUGGCCAAGUCAUAGCUGCUUUUUCUUCACACUAUGAGUACCAAACCAACAUGAAAGUUGCAGCUAAGGCGCUAUUCGAAGGUCUGAAGCUAUGCUUAGCUUUGGGAUGCAUUCAUGUGGAGGUUGAAAUGGACUCUCUGGUCUUGUUAAACAUUGUGAAAGGCUUGCAUAGCUGGCCAUGGAGAAUUGAUGCAAAGUUUGAGUUAGGUAAGGCUCGGGUUUGGAAGCAGUUUUGGAAGCAGAAGGCUCGGGUUAGGUGGCUUCAGGAGGGAGAUCGAAAUACAAGGUUCUUUCAUUCUGUCGUCAAAAAUAGAAGGGUACGUUCGAUCAUUCACAGGAUUAGAAAUGGGCAAGGGGAGUGGGUGGAGUCGGAUGAUGGGAUUGGAGUAGAGGCGAUACGGUAUUUCGAGGGGUUGUUUACGGAUCAGCGUCCAGCAUCUUCUUCUGAGUUGCUUCAGCAUAUCCCAACAAUUUUGACUGAUGAGGAGAAUGAUUUGUUGGAGCAGUUUCCCUCUGCGGUGGAGAUUCGAAAUGCGGUUUUUGCGAUGGAUGGGGAGAGUGCACCGGGGCCGGAUGGAUAUACGGGUAAGUUCUUUACGGUUGCUUGGUCAGUUGUCGGUGCGGAUGUUGUUAGCGCAGUGUGUAGUUUUUUCUGUGGGGCGGAGUUGCCUCGGGCUAUUACAGCGACCUCCAUUGCACUCAUUCCUAAGGUUGGGCACCCACAGGAUUUUUCUCAGUUUCGCCCGAUUAGCUUGUGUAACUUUGUUAACAAGUUGAUUUCGCGAAUUUUGGCGGAUCGCUUGGCCCGAAUCCUUCCAAGGAUUAUUUCCCCACAGCAGAGUGGUUUUGUUCGGGGGCGGCUUAUAUCGGAUAAUUUCUUGCUGGCUCAAGAGUUGCUCUCUAAUAUAGGGAGGACCUCCAGAAAUGCCGAUGUAGCUCUGAAAUUAGAUAUGUCAAAGGCUUAUGACCGUGUUUCCUGGUUUUUUUUGACAAUGGUUUUGAGGAGAUUUGGUUUUAGGGAGCAAUGGAUUGAUAGGAUUUGGAGAUUGGUCUCGAAUGUUUGGUUUUCGGUCCUAAUCAACGGGGCCAGUGUGGGUUUCUUUAAGUCUACGCGAGGGCUUCGUCAAGGGGACCGUUAUCCCCAGUUAGUGGAGCAUCGGGAGUUCAAGUGCUUUUCAGUUCCGCGGGGCUGUCCUAUGAUCACGCAUCUCAGUUAUGCAGAUGACGUCCUGGUUUUUUCAGGUGCUUCAUCCGCUUCGCUGAGAUGUGUUAUGCAGAUUAUUGGAAAAUAUGAAGCAGUUUCGGGGCAGGAGAUUAAUGUUCAAAAGAGUGGGUUCAUGGUGCAUGCUAAACUGCCUAGUCAGUGUGUGGCAAGGAUUCGACGGGUAACUGGAUUUGGUCUGAAGUCGUUUCCCGUGCGUUACUUGGGGUGUCCGCUUUUUGUGGGGCGCCGGAAGUGUCUAUACUUCAUGGAGCUGGUACAGUCAGUUAUUUCUAAAGUUUCUUCAUGGCGGUCCAGAUUUCUAUCCAAUGGGGGUCGGAUUGUACUCAUCAAACACGUGCUUUCAGCAAUCCCAACUCAUUUAUUGGCAGCCUCAUGCCCUCCAAAGGGAGUUCUAGCUUUAGUUGAACGGGCUAUGGCAAAUUUUCUCUGGGGGGAGCGGGAAGGUGGCCUCCGACAUCAUUGGAUUAAGUGGGCAGACCUGUGUGCCGACCCGUCACAGGGCGGGGUUGGUGUUCGAUCGCUUCUGGAUGUUCAUACAGCAUUCUCAUUCAAAUUGUGGUGGCGUUUCCGUACGGGAGAGUGUUUAUGGGCGACAUUUAUGAGAGCCAAGUAUUGUCGGCAGAGUCAUCCGUGCAUGGUAGCGGCGGGUCAGGGCAGUUCAUAUAUGUGGAGGCGUUUGCUUCAGAUUCGUGAGGUGGCGGAGCAAAAUCUUUGGUGGGAGAUGCUGUCGGGACAGUGUAAUUUCUGGUUCGACAAUUGGAUGGGUUCUGGUCCUCUGUGUCAACGGUUACAAAAUGUUUCUGAUCACUUAGUUAGGGAUUUCGUAUUGAAUGGAAGGUGGAAUCAACAGUUGCUACGGCUUUGGGUUCCUGAUGACAUAGUAUCAGAGAUAAUUACUAAAGUUGCCCCAGUGGGAUCCGCGGAUGAUCGUGCGGUGUGGGCCUUGACAGAGUCAGGAGAUUUCUCCAUUGCUUCCACAUACGUGCUGCUUGGUAGUCAGACCCCCUCAUCUUUCAUGUUUGAUAGGGUUUGGCACCCUGUAAUUCCAAUCAAGAUAUCAUUCUUCAUGGUAAGAUUGCUGCGGGAUCGUUUACCGUUGGCAUCGUCCCUAGGAAGGUUGCAAGUCUAUGGCCCUUCCAAGUGUUUUUGCUGCUUGGCCUCGCAAUCUGAGUCGUUGGAUCAUGUCUUUGCGGAAGGUGAGUUAGCUCUUUUUCUGUGGACCUUUUUUGGGAAUAGCGCUGGAGUGAGUUAUAGAGGUAUGGGGGUGCGGUCGCGUUUGGCGGCUUGGUGGUGCCAACCGGUUCGGCACUCUCGUCUGGAAUCAUUACAUUCGGUUUUGCCUUGCAUUAUUUGUUGGCAUAUUUGGUUGGCACGGAAUCUUGCAAAUUUUGAAGGGCAGCUCCUGCGUCGACAGACCAUUUGUGACCGUAUCUUGGCAGAUGUCGUAGGGCUAUUUUCCAAGAAGUUUGCAGGUGAGUUUUUUGGGGUUGGCUCCUGGUCGACGGUCCUCUCCAUCUUCUCUGGGUGGAGGCCUCGGUAUUCCCAUAGAGUGGUUUGUUGGGAAUUUCCAGUCCAGGGAGCCUUCAAGUUAAAUGCGGAUGGGUGCUCGCUUGGCAACCCGGGCGUUAGUGGCGGGGGUGGUGUGCUUAGGGACUCGUCUGGUGCUUUGUUGUUUGGCUUUUCUGUUCCGUUUGGGGAACUUACAUGUCUGCAAGCGGAGAUAAAGGCUUUGGUGUUUGGGGUGCAACAAUGCCGUCUUCGGGGUUUCUCGCGGAUUCGGGUGGAGGUGGAUUCUCUUGUGUUAGUCAACCUCCUGGUAAGACAAUUCAGGUGUCCGUGGUCAGUUCGGUCGGAUCUGGAAUCGUUACGGGCUGUCCAAGGGUUGGAGUGGACGGUGGGGCAUUGUUAUCGGGAAAUGAAUCAAGUGGCGGAUGCCUUAGCCAAGGUUGGGGCACAUUCUGAGGGUAUUAUUUUGUAUACGACACAGUCUGAGUUGCCAAGGGUGGCAAGGGGGGCCUUAGGUUUAGAUAGGUCGCAGAUUCCUGCGAUUCGUACUCGAGCUAUUUCUCACUGA